AACAGCAGUGCUGAUCGUGGAGCCCAGUCAGCUGAGGCACAGGCAACAAACUGUCACUUCGAAGAGUUGGAAAAAGGUCAGCGAGGAUAAACACACACAGGAGUAAAGGGGAAGUGAAGCAAAGAGUCUACUCAGCUGCACAUUGGACUCGAGGGAACAGCCAACGACCGAGAGUGAUGGGUGGUCACAACAGUGUCCAGUUCAGCGGCAUACCCCAGGGGAAAGGGCCACACGCUGUGGGCAGCAUGGACUUUAUGAGCGGCCCCAGUAAUCAGGGAAGCUUUUUUCGCCUGUACUACCCCUGUGCAGAGGCUGGACAUUAUGAAGAGCCUUUAUGGAUUCCCAGGAAGGAAUAUUACCUUGGUCUCGCUGACACCCUGAAGCUCAAUCGCUUUGCAGUCAAUUUCUUUUUGUGCUACUACUUUGGAUCAGUGAAAUCCCCUGCGAGAUGGAACGCCCCUUUCAAGCCAGGGGAGCAAUACCCCCUGAUCAUAUUUUCCCAUGGCCUGGGUGCAUUCAGGACCCUCUAUUCUGCUAUAUGUAUUGAGCUGGCGUCUCAAGGCUUCGUAGUUGCUGCUGUGGAGCACCGUGAUCGAUCGGCAUCUGCAACCUACUACCUGCAAGAAAAGUCUCCAAGUGACCCGGGGGAACCGGGGGGUCCGACUCUGGAGGAGGUCUGGCUCUACAACAAGAUCCUAAAGGCCGGGGAAGAUGAAUAUCCUCUGCGUGUCCAACAGGUCAAUCAGAGAGCGGAGGAAUGUAUACGAGCCCUAGAUAUUAUUCUCAACUUUAAUGCUGGGAAGCACACAGCCAACCUAUUGCCCUCAGACUUUGACUGGAACUUAUUAAAGGACUCUAUUGAUGUGCAGAGAAUAGCCGCCGUUGGCCAUUCAUUUGGAGCUGCAACCGCAAUAAAAUCUCUGGGCCGUGACUCCAGAUUCAGGUGUGGGGUGGCCCUGGAUGCCUGGAUGUUUCCCUUGAAAGACGAAAUCUUCUCUAACAUCCGCCAACCUGUGUUAUUUGUGAAUUCGGAAAAGUUCCACUGGGUCAAUAACAUCCUACUUAUGAAAAAAAUGGAGUCUACCAGCAUCGAGCGAAAGAUGAUAACUAUAAAGGGGGCCGUGCAUCAGAGUUUCCCAGACUUCACAUUCCUGGCCGGUUACAUGGUAGGGAAAUUAUUCAAACUAAAAGGAGACAUCGAUCCUUACGUGGCCAUGGAUAUAAUAAACAACGUCACAUUGGCCUUUCUACAGAGACACUUGGAUCUUCACAAGGACUUUAACCAAUGGGACGCCUUAAUAGAUGGCAAAGGAGAGUUUGUCAUGCCUGGCACCAACCUUGAUUUGCCCCCAGCGGAGUCAGAGAUACCCCAAUGACAUGCACAGGGAAUCACUGGCAGAAAAAACUUUGGACAUAGUGCUAAACUUUAAUAUUGAGACAUCACGCCGGCCCCUAGUGCCACCGACGGGGAAGAAUUAGUACCCGAGAGACAGACACUACAAUUGCCUCCUACAUCCAGAGGGCACAGAGCUAUUUACCCUUCUACAUGGCACCUACCUAGGCUGGAGUAUGGUUUGUGCCUCAUUCCAUUGGUUUGGCCACUGGCCAUGUUAUGGGCGCACCCACAGCAUACCUCUCACUGUACAAAGUGUUCCUUAUCACCCCUGGGUGUAAUGUACAGAACAUAUACUAAUGCGGGGCAGGUUAAUGAGCCCAAGGAAGGAAAGCUACAGCCUUUGGAGAAUAAUCCUAGCGGGGUUUUACUUGUCUAAAUAAAGGCAAAAAGAACAUGAAACUUUUUUGACUCCGGAUCAUGCUGGGCCUGCACUGUACCACGAGUAUUAAUACCUUCCAUUAGCUAAAAAGGCAUCCAGCCCUUCCUUGCAACUGCCCUGCCUGCCAGUACAACUGCCCCUGCAGUCUGCUGAUCAUGUGAUUAGCACAAAGGGGACACUAUCACUUUUUUUCUGAUAUUUUUUAGAAAUUACUUUCAUCCAUUUAUAUACAAACCUGUUAACUAUAAAUAUGAUCAUUUAAAGGGGGGGUUCACCUUUACAUUAACUUGUGGCAUUGAGUGGUAUUCUAAGACAAUUUGCAAUUGGUUUUCAUUUAUUUGUGGUUUUAGCUUUUUACUCAGGAACUCUCCAAUUUGGAAUUUCAGCAGCUAUCUGGUUGCUAGGGUUCAUUUUAAAGGAGAAGGAAAGGCUAGUAAAGAGUUAAUCUCGAACUGCAGGCAUACCUUCAGAUCUCUCAAACGUCUCCCCAUGUUUCUCCCGUUCAGAUGAUCAGAAGCCAAACGGGAAGAAAAAACGCUGAGCGUUGUAAAGAAAGUUCCCAUAAUGCCUCACUCCUGCACCGAGACCAAGACCAGUGAACAUGCUCAGUUAUUAAAAUUAUGAGUCAGCUUCCUGCUGAUUGGUUUAGAUCCACAUUCCUUAGGGGGGGAGGGAAUUCUUAGCAUUCUUGAGGGAGGAGAGAGCAGAGAGCUGCGUGUCUCUGGCAGAGGAAAACAGACACAACAAAUCUCUUGACAGAGGACUCAGUGCAGCGUUUCUAUUUACAUAGACCUUUCUGUAAAGAUUACUUAAUUUUUACCUUUCUUUCUACUUUAAUCCUAGUUACCAGACAUUAAUUUGAAUAUGAAUAGAAGAGGGUCUGCUAAAGUAGCAAAAACAAUAACACUAUAGCCUUACAGAGCAUUUGCUUUUUUAGAUGUGGGGGUCAGUAACCCCUAUUUAAAUUCUGGAAAGAGUUAGUAGUAGAAGGCAAAUAAACUAUUAAAAAAAAGAAAGAAAAAUAAAGGCAAAAUUGAAAAGCUGCUUGGAAUUAGCCAUUCUAUAACAUAAUAAGAGUUAGCAUAAAGGUGAAGUUCCCCUUUGCAUCCUGCCACUAGGUGGAGCACAAAGAGCAGAGUAAAAAUAAAAAACUGCUGAAAUCCUUGCAAUAUGGCAUUGCUGCAAAGGAUUCAUAAAUCACUGCAAUGAGGUUGAGGCACGUAGUUAUGUAGGGAGGAUUUGCAGCAAAAUUCUGGAUUUUAUCAUGAAGCUGUGACAAAAAAUUUGCUGAGGAAAAGCAUCAAUUGACUUGAUAAUGUAUUUGGAAUGAGAAAAAAGUCACAUGUAUAAGAAAAACUGUUGCCCAUUGACUUUAAUGUGUUAACUUUUCAGCAGUUUUGCAAAUGGGACAGAUUCACUCAUCACUACACAUAAGUCCUUCUUAAAGUGAUACGGACACGAAAAUACUUUUUUUUUUUUAAUAGGAAUGUUCAUUAAAAGUACCUAUAGGCCAUGCUUAUCAUUCUUCACUGAUAGGGCUGCUUUGUAAUUGUAACUUGACGUUCCUAAACCCGACUGUCUAGGGUUUGCACCUUUAGCGGCCGCUAUCUCCGGGCAGGGGGGUGGGGCGGAACGUCAUUGGCGGGCCAGUCACACUGCAGGGGCAGGGCUAUGAGGUGUCGAUCGGCGAUAUAUAUUAGAUAUAAAAAAGGUUUGAUUUUUGGUGUCAGUACCUCUUUAACUAUUCAUUUUGUUAGAUUCUGUGAGAGGAUUGUGUGUGUAUAAGAAGGGUUCACCCUUUUCCCCCAUACAAUGCCAAUAGAAGAGCUUAAGUUCCCCUCAAUGAAUUGUGGGACUUGUAGUCCCAUCUUCUUCCUCACCCUCCAGGGGACCUUCAUUGGUUUUGAUUUGGGAAACUUGUAGCUACGCCACUGGUUGGUUAUCCGUCAUCUGACCCUUCGUUACUGCGCAGAAACCCAGUAUUAUUACAUUACUGUAUAGAUAUAUCUAAAUGCAGGUGGAAAAUGGCAAUGAGAGUGUUAAUAAUAAUAAUAACACAUACCUUGUACCUCAGGGAUUGGGCCUAUAGAAUUCAGACUGUAAUGCAAGGAAGUCUAAGGAGCCUCCUGUCCAGCUGUGACAUCAACUUUCUGUUGAGAGUUGCAGUUCACAAAGGCCAUGAGUUUGCCAUCCCUCAUUUUUAAGAGUAACUUUUAAAGGGGGUAGUUCACCUUUAAAUUAACGUUCAGUAUGGUGCAGGCAGUGAUACUGAGACCAUUUUCAAUUGGUCCUAAUUUUUUAUACUUUUUUUUAGCAGCUAUUGGGUUGCUGGGGCCUAAUUUAGCCUAGCAACUAGGCAGUAGUUUGAACGAGAAAGGGACUGAAUAAUGUAAGAGAAGGAAUAACAACAAUCACAGUUACUCUGUGCCAGUCUGACAAAACUGGCAGUUAGCAGGCACAUUAUAGUUGCUGCCCCCUAGCAGAACCCUGCGGUGCUCAUUCCGUGCAAGCAUUACAUCUGCGGACAAGUAUUUUCUGUAACAAUUUCCCAUAAUUCUGUAUAUUUGUACAUGUAAGGACUGUGUAUCCCCCGUAACCCUGUAAAUACAGUGAAAUGCAAAUAAAAGAUUUUAUAGAAAUGA